UUCAUCAUCGACAAUACAAGAGACAACAACGGCCUGCAAACGCAGCCCUAGAUUUCAUCAUCGACAACUCCAAUUCUCUCCCUGUCCCCGCAUCCAUUUCCUAGACGUACGAUGCUUUCGAUCUUCUUCUUCGUAUUCUCCGCCACCACACCCAAAAUAAUCUACCUUAUUUUACAUAUAUAUAUGUUUACAUUCACCCUUUGGGCCAUUAAAUGUACGUGCCAUAGCCGCCGCUCGAUCACCUUCCCCCACCACUUCAAUGGGCUCUCUCCCUUCCCCUCCGCCGCCAACCUCGCCAGAAGCUUCCCUCUCCCGCUACCGGGUCUACACCUCGUUCUGCCGGAGAGAGCCGGGGCCUGAUUCCAACUGGAUAGAGUGUUACAGCCCGGCCGAGAACUCGUGGGACUAUGUUAGCCAAAUCCCGGGAGUGACAGAAAACCAUGUCUUGAAGGAUUUCGCCAUGGCCUCGGUCGGAGACUCCGUCUACAUCAUCGGCGGCCGCCUCUGCCGGAAGCAGCAGGCUCCCUCUGCCGCCGGAUCCGAUGACUUUCUCCAGGUCAACGUUGAAAUCAUAUCCACGGUCAUACGUUACAACAUUGGAUCGAAUCAAUGGUCGGCGUGCGCACCGCUUAAUUUAGCUAGGUAUGACUUUGCGUGCACCGUCAGCGACAAUAAGAUCUACGUGGCUGGGGGGCAGUCCACGCUGUCAAGCGCCAGGGGCACCUCGGCCACCGAGGUGUACGACACAUCACUCGACGAGUGGACGAUCCUCCCGAACAUGAACUACUUGAGAUACAAAUGUGUGGGUGUGACGUGGGAAGGGAAGAUCCACGUCAUCGGGGGAUUUGCGGAGAGAGGUGACAUGGACAAGAUUGUUCCUUAUGUGGAUCGAAGCUCUGCUGAGGUGUACAACAUACAAAGUGGAAAAUGGGACCUCGUGACACGGAUGUGGCAACUCGAUGUGCCACCUAAUCAAAUUGUGGCCUUAAGCGAUCGACUAUUUAGCUCUGGGGAUUGUCUAAACGCAUGGAAAGGCCACAUUGAAGCUUACGAUGGAAAACUCAAUCUGUGGUAUAUAAUUGAUGGAUCACAACUGAACAUCUCUCGAACCCCGAUCCAACGAUUCUUCUUAACUAUGGCCCCAGUCAAAACCCACUUAUACUUCUUGUCGGGGCAUCGAACGGAGAGGAGUUCGUCGAGCACAAAGGUGAUGGUCCACGUGUUUGACACGUCAGCGACUGAAGGGAGAUGGAAGAGUCAGGAGCCCGUUGAAGAUGAGGGAGAGAAAGAGUUAUGUAGCCAUUGUUGUGUGGUUCAACUUCCUUUAUGA